AUUUGGAGUGACAAUGUGGGAGAUCGCGACUCGAGGUCAGACACCGUACCCUGGAGUGGAAAACAGUGAAAUCUAUGAUUAUCUGAGGCAGGGCAACCGUCUGAAACAGCCUCCAGACUGCCUGGACAGUAUCUAUUCCCUGAUGUUUUCCUGCUGGCUGUUGAGCCCGAAGGACAGGCCGAGCUUCGAGAUCUUGCGCUGCGAACUCGAGAAGGUCCUGGAAGAUCUUCCGAGCCAAGACCCAGAUGAGAUACUCUAUGUUAAUAUGGAGGAGACCUCCGGAGAGCUGGGGGCCGUGGGGGGCCGUGAUCCCAUAAUGGGGGUCCCAUGUGCUCUCGGGGCCCUGAAGGGUUCAGGCUCAGUGGCCACCGUAGAAGUGCACCACCCCAACCGCUACGUGAUCUGCCCCCAGCAUGAGAACCAGCGCCUCCUCAACGCCGACUCCAUGGAGAGUCUGACUCUGACAGGGCUCGUUCCCACCUCGCUGCUCCAGCCCUCGUCCUGCUCCACCCCAGUGCCACCCUCUGAAGGGUCAUCCCCGGAGGACAGAGAUGAGAAGAAGAGAGUGCUGUGGCAGUGAUGACGUUGACAUGGCUGAAAGAGACCUAGACUGCCUCUCGUGGAGAGCUGAGCUGUUGCUCCUGCCCCGUCAUUUUGCACAGACACGCCACACACUCCGCCAGACAUUCAGUCAAUUAUGUCUUUGUUUAUGCUUUUCAGACAAAUGUUUCCUUUUCAUUCCAAAUUGCCUUUUAUGUUCAGUGUGGGUCAUGAGAACUCAAGUCAAUCGUCAUUUUUGCCUUAAAGUCUGUCAUGACCAGAAACAAUGUACUAAUUUUCCAGCAAAAAGUAAUUAUGUGACCCCUGACCACAAAAGCAGUCAUAAUUAGCAUGUGUUUAGG